AUGGCUUCCAUGGCUGCAGUCCUCAGCAAAACCUCUUUCCUUUCUUCUCAGCCACUCACCAAAUCUCCCAAUUCCGAUUUCCCCUUAACCGCUUCCGUUUCAUUCCCUUCGAAAUCGCCGCGCCGUCGCGGAGCCGUUGUUCGCGCUGGGCUGAUCGCUCCGGACGGAGGGAAGCUGGUGGAGCUAGUGGUGGCGGAGCCGCGGCGGAGGGAGAAGAAGCACGAGGCGGCUGAGCUGCCGCGCGUGGAGCUGACGCCGAUCGAUAUGCAAUGGAUGCACGUCCUCAGCGAAGGCUGGGCAAGUCCACUCGGAGGUUUCAUGAGAGAAUCCGAGUUCCUCCAAACUCUUCAUUUCAACUCGCUGCGUCUUGACGACGGAUCCGUCGUCAACAUGUCGGUGCCUAUCGUCCUCGCCAUAGACGACGACCAAAAGGCCCGGAUCGGCGAGUCUAAACGCGUCGCGCUCGUCGAUUCCGACGGCAAUCCCGUCGCCAUCCUCAGCGACAUUGAGAUAUACAAGCAUCCAAAGGAAGAACGUAUAGCAAGAACUUGGGGUACAACAGCACCAGGCUUGCCUUACGUAGAAGAAGCGAUAACCAACGCAGGAAACUGGCUGAUCGGUGGUGAUCUCGAGGUGCUAGAGCCGGUCAAGUACAACGACGGGCUUGACCGUUUCAGGCUUUCCCCUGCUGAGCUCAGGAAAGAGCUGGAGAAGCGUGGAGCGGAUGCUGUCUUUGCCUUCCAGCUCAGGAACCCGGUACACAACGGCCACGCGCUUCUUAUGACUGAUACUCGUAGGAGACUUCUUGAGAUGGGGUACAAGAACCCUAUCCUUUUGCUUCAUCCGCUUGGAGGGUACACUAAAGCUGAUGAUGUUCCUUUAAGCUGGAGGAUGAAGCAGCACGAGAAGGUGUUGGAGGAUGGUGUUCUUGAUCCAGAGACGACGGUGGUUUCGAUAUUCCCGUCUCCUAUGCAUUACGCUGGUCCAACGGAAGUGCAGUGGCACGCAAAGGCGAGAAUCAAUGCUGGUGCUAACUUCUACAUUGUGGGUCGUGAUCCGGCUGGGAUGGGUCAUCCGGUGGAGAAACGUGAUCUUUACGAUGCUGAUCAUGGAAAGAAAGUGCUAAGCAUGGCUCCUGGACUCGAACGACUCAAUAUCCUUCCUUUCAAGGUUGCUGCGUAUGACAAGACGCAAGGAAAGAUGGCUUUCUUCGAUCCGUCGAGACCUCAAGAUUUCUUGUUCAUCUCCGGCACUAAGAUGCGAGCAUUGGCGAAGAACAAAGAGAACCCACCGGAUGGAUUCAUGUGCCCAGGUGGAUGGCAAGUACUGGUGGAUUACUAUGACAGCCUUACGCCUGCAGGUAAUGGAAGACUACCGGAAGUGGUUCCGGCUUAA